CGACGGAUGAAUAUUGAAGAAUCCUUGAGACGAUGCACGAGCCUUUGAGGACGCUAUACUUGGCGCGAGCCAGAAAUCAGAAGACUUGAACUUAGUAUGAGCAUUAGGCCUGGUCCAAUUUGAUGCGAAUUUGCAUACACUGUGUCAAUCAUGUACGACUGUGGGACCAAGAAUAUCAGGAACUGUACUCGCUCUCCUGCAUACAAGCUUAGUUCUGCCAAAGAAGCAACUUUGAGAAUCGGCACGCCCAGCAUUACGCGAUUUUGCGCUUGUAGUCUCAGUCUAGAGAUAUCAGUGUCUUUCCAAUGCUUCAAGCGAUGUGUCGAAGCAAGGAGUCGUUGCAUUUAUUUGCUUUUCCCGUCUUGCCAUGGUGAGAAGAGAUCGUGCCGCUGUGUCAAGCCAGGGUGAACCUCCACAGUAUCGUGGGCUGUGUUGGGCUGGA